GUUGCCAUGACAAUAGGGUCAGUGUCAUCUUCAAUGGUUUGACAGGUGCUUGACAAAGCAUCUUAAAGCAUGUAUGCGAAAGGAAAGGGAUCGUCGGUCCCUUCAGAUGCACAAGCUAGAGAAAAAUUAGCAUUAUAUGUAUAUGAAUAUUUAUUACAUGUUGGAGCACAGAAAAGCGCACAGACUUUCCUAUCGGAGAUAAGAUGGGAGAAAAAUAUAACUCUUGGAGAGCCACCCGGGUUCUUACAUUCAUGGUGGUGUGUGUUUUGGGAUCUGUAUUGUGCUGCUCCAGAAAGAAGAGACACAUGUGAUCAUUCGAGCGAAGCUAAAGCAUUUCACGAUUAUGGUUUUGUUAAUUCAGGGUACGGUCUUAACGGCAUGGCACAUAAUCCAUCAGCUCCUAGUCCUAUAGGUCAGAUGCCGAAUCAAGAUGGCAUGCCUGGAGGUCCAGGGAUGCCACCAGGUUUCUUUCCUCCCUUUAUGUCUCCUCGAUACCCCGGAGGUCCACGAGGGCCGGGUGGGAUACGCAUGCCUCCUGAUCAGUUUAAUGGUCCCCCAGGCAGUGCUGCUGGUCAGAUGCCUAUGCCUAACAGUAUGGAACCCAGGCCAGGUCAUCCAGGAAUGGGUCCUAUGCAGAGAAUGAGUCAUCCAGGAAGUAGAAUGUCCGGUCCUAUGAAUCCAGUUAGUCCUAUAAAUCCAGCUGUAUAUGAUUCAAUGGGACCAAGUUAUGGGCCAGCAGGUAUACGAGGUCCACCACCCAACAGUAUGAGUCCGGGUGGUCCUGGACCUGGCGGAAUGCCUCCUAUGUCAUUACCUGGGGGAGGAAGCAGAGCGUGGCCCCCAUCAUCAUCGUCAUCAUCAUCAGUUCCCCAAGGUCCCCCAGGUACCCCCAUUAUGCCUAGUCCUCAAGGUACAUAUUCAACAAGCUCAGGUGAUGGAAUGUAUGGUAUGAUGAAACCAGGCCAGGGCUCAAUACCUGGGAUGCCUCCUGGGUUUCCGGGUAUGGGGCCAGGGGGAGGUGAGGGCGCAAUGGGCAUGGGGCCAGAUGGUAUGCCUCCAGUUAUGAAUGGUGAUAUGGAUGGCAUGAAAAAUUCUCCCGCGAAUGGUCCAGGCACACCACGAGACGAUAUACCACAAAAUGGGAAUGGGCCGGGGCCAGAUAUGGGUGGAUAUCCGAAUUUAGGUGGCUAUCCAGAUAAUGAAGGGGGCGAGAGUGCAGCAAUUUUAAAGAUAAAAGAAUCUAUGCAGGAGGAAGCUAAGCGAUUUGAAAAGGACGGCGAACAUCCAGAUUAUUACCUGUCACAAUGAUAGUCGUUUCCCACCCCACUCUCGUCAUUAUUUUCAAUUUUAUCAUGGAAUGUGUUUUCAAAUAUUUUUUUAUCCCUACCACCAGUCUGCAGAUCUGUUUUAUUUUAUAGUGACAUUGAGAACUUUAAAUCUUCAAGUUUUAUCAUAUCAGAUGAUGAAAUUAAUUUCUUUUUAUUACAACGAAACUAUAAAAACAUAAGAUUUUUAUCAGGAUAAAAAUCUGUGUACAUACACUUAAUGCAGUAGGAAAAUAUUUUGCCCUAUGAGGUACCAGUACUUUACAUUUUACUUGUAACUGAGUGAAGUUCGUAAGGUCAAAGGUCAAGAAAUUAUUUUCAAAUUCAAAACUGUGAUGUCACUGAUUAAGAACACUUUGCAUUGCAACAGAUGAACUUCAAAAAAUUGUAUAGACUUUGAGUAAAGACAUUUUCUUUCAUCAUCUUAUACACCUGGAACAAUGUUUUGUCAUUAGUUGAAAUUGACUGCCAGUUCAUUGAUGGGAAAUAUUUUAUGAAAAAUUUAUAAUCAUUUAAUACUGGAUUGUUCUAGCUCACUUGAGCAAACUGCUCUAGAUGAAUUACUGAUGUAGACGCAUAUAAUGGGGCCUUGCAUCAAAAAUGUGCUUAAAACAUCUUUUCUGAAAGAGUUAAAUUUAUGUGUUUUUCCAAAUAUGGUCUGUAAUAUCCUUUCUUGAAGCUGUCUGAAACGUAACCAGCCUGGUUAGCACAGUAGGUAGAGCAUAAGAACUAGGGGUCAUGAGUUGAGUCCCUGGGCAUGGCGUUUAUGUACUCUGUGAUUGUUUGAUAGAAGACUGAGUGUCUAAAGCUAUUGAUCUUCCACAUCUGAGGCAUGUGGAGAAUUUGUCAGUUACUUGUUGAGACCUAGCCAGUACUGGUACAGAAUCCAGGAGCAUUGGCAAAUUGCCAUUAUAUAUCUAAGAUACUGUUGAAUACUGUUGAACUCUGUCAGUCAAACAAAAAGAGUUGUUCAAAUGAAUUUACUCCACAUAACAGAAGGUACUCAGAAAAUUGCAAUGUUUUAAGCAUCUUCGUUUAAUAAAAUCUGGAUAGAACAAACCAAAUGUACUCUGUUGUGUCAUGUCAUGCCACUCCUGAGGUCUGACUGCUAUAUGGACGUUUUCAUACUGCAACCUUCAUCUUGCAUUCAUUAUUCUCAGCCUUGCUCAAAUCUGUGACUACGACCUGUCCUGUUUAUUUCUUAAUAGGUCUGUACCAUGUUGCCUUUGGCCUUUCGACCUCUGUCUGUCAACCAUCCUUUGCGUCACUGUUCAUAGGUUAUCCAAAGCAACCAGCUCUUUCACUCGCUCCUUCACAUCCGAAUUCCGUCACUAACAUUUUUUCUCAGUCAGAGUGCUAUCAAUCACACCUUUUACAUCUGAUUGGUGCUGUGGAGAUUAUGUACUUUUAUAAACUUGGAAACAUCCUCAUUUUGAACUGUUACUACGUUAGACAUUGUUUUCCCCAGAACACAUAGAGGGUGCAAAAUAUUUAUAUUUUUUAAAAACCUUGGAAGUUAUUUUUUACAAGACUCGAAACUUACCAGUAUCACCCUCAGAUGUUUUUGAAGGUUGCUCAAACAGUUCUGCUUAACUGCACAAAGGAAAUGCCAUAGUGCUUCAUCAAGUGAGCGUUUUGGUUGUUGACACUCUUCUUAAAAAUCAUCAAUGACUAUUAUAAAACGCUAUUUUUGAGAAAUUCAUUGCCAGCUUUUAAGACUGGAUUAAAAAGGGAAAGCAUCAAAAAUGGAUCACAUAGAGCAACAGAUUUCGUAGCAAUAUAAAUAAGAACUGCAGUACAUUAUCUUGGAGUUUUACCAUACUUGGUUUGAUAUUGUGUUUCUCAAAAAUCUUUAAAAAUCUUGAUUGAUAUGAUUGUUUUCUUGAUCAGGGUCUGUCACAACAGUUCUUCGUAAUGAUAAGAGAGCCAGUUGUCACUAAAGUUAUUCCUGUUCUUUUGGUACUUUUGCUUUACAAACCUGUUUGUUCAGUGAAAAAUUUCUAAAACUUGGAGACUAGUUACAUAACUCAUUGCUGUAGUAUUUAAGUCAGUUACUGGUCAGUCUGGUAUAAUUGUCUUUUUGUGUUAGAGUAACAUGGUGAAAUUUUAUAGUGAUAUAUGAGAACAGUUGCAUUUUGUUUCUUCGUGAAAACAUGCUAAAGCCUACUUUGAUUGUCCAGCCAUUGACUGUGGUUACUUUCCUCUCGUGUUUGACAGUUUAGCCAGUAAAAUCCCUAGGUAAAUUAAUGGUUCAUGUACUGCUGUUGGUACACCUGGAACAAGCAGAGUAGUACUAGGACAUUUUGGCUUGUCUAACUCUGAUAGGUCAACAAAGCAACUUACGCACUUCUAUUGCUCUAACCAGGGUUGGUUCUUACAGACCUUAGAAACAUCUGUAGUUUGAUGCUAGGCCAUGAAAAUGGCUAUAAACAUCAAAAACAUGAAAAAGUUCUAAAAUUUUAAAAAAUAUGCUUGUAUUUCACCUAAAACUCCAUCAGCAAGUUCUUUUCAAAAAGAAUAAAUUUAAAAAGGAAAUAGAAAAAAACGAAAGUUGUAAGAAAGCAAUGAUAUUUGGAGUCUUAAACAAUCCAGUAUACACCAGUAAGCAACCAUUAUAGACAGCUUUUAUAACAGUUUACAGUGAGCAUAAUUUCUGCUAUAUAGCCAUCGAGAAAUAGUGGAAACAAUUUAUUCUGGACUUUAUGUGGUCUGGAGAAAAAUAUUCAUUGAAAAUACAUAAAACUCCUUUAAAAGUACUUUUCGAUGAUGUAUAGUUGUCAGUCAGCUUAACAGUUUUUAUUACAAGUAAAGAAUGUCUUUUUCUGUCAUAAUAUUCAAUUUGCAAAGGUUGUUCAAUUAGCACUGUCACCACUGAAAUAUAUUCAUUACAUUGGUCAAAAUUGAGCAGGAUCUACUUAAUACUGUUAAUUAAACACAGAUUUCAUUGAUUAAUUCUAGAGUCUACUUUAAUUAUACUGUCUCAUUUUUUACAGCUGAAUUUCAUUUAUUUGAGGGAAAUCUCGUUCAGUUCGUUUUUUAAUAAAUAUUGUGUUCAGAACAUAGCACAGUGGUAAAAAAUCUGUUGUCAUGGUAGUUUUCCACAGUUUUUCUCCCAUUUUGAGAUUUUUACCAACAAUUUUUAAUCUGUCCAUUUUGAGAUUCUGUUCAAAGACAGCUUUUCACGACUUGAUUUAUACUCUUUGUUUCUUUCAUUUUGUUUCUUGUGAAAUUGUUACAAAAUUUUAAGUAUUCAUGCAUGAAGGUUUUCUUGUUUUGUUUUCAUUUAGAGUGAAGUUAUACUAGGCUUGUAUUUAUUAUUUUAUGUUGUGUUUGAUGCGGAAGACUAUAAUAUGUUACUGUAUAGAAUUAUUUUGUAAAUUUGUAAAUAGAUUUUGUGUGAUUAUUUAUUUUUUUGGAAAUUAAUGUUCUGCAUUGGUCAAUAUACGCAAAGUAGGUCAUUGUAAGAAAAAAGAUUUACGAUGAACUUGAUUUAUUGAUUGAUAAAAUGUAUAGGAAUUGUAUGAAAGAUGUAAACACAAUUCAUACACAGCAUUUUGCCAAGAAUGUCACCUAAAAUUUCAAAUUAUUUGUUGAUUUUGUGAUGCCCUGUACAAGUCAAAUUACAAUAACCAAAAUUGUAACAUGAAAGAUUUGGCUAUACCUACCUUUUUAGCUUGUCUGAUUUUUGAAAAAAAUCUACGAGGUAUUGUUGUCAACUGAUCGUCAGCAUCCGUUAAAAUUUUUAUUUAGGAAAAACCAUAAGAGCUACAGCUUUGAAACUUUGCGCACUUGUUUGUCAUCAUUAGGUGACUUAGUAAACCGAGAACCAUAACUCUGAUAUGCAUUUGUCAAAGUUACAGACUUAGAAAAUGUGAGUUUCUUGGUUAAUUUUUUUUGUUAAGGUCCACCUUUUCUCAAAAACAAUAAGAGCUACAGCUUUUAAACUUUGCACCCUUUUUUAUCAUCAUUAGAUGACUAUGUAGGCCAAGAACCAUAACUGUAACCUGCAUGUUGUCAGAAUUAUGGCCCUUUUUGUACUUUGAAAUUCUGAACUAUGACUAUUUUCUUACAUACUGACCAGCACUUGCAGCCGAGCGAUGGCACUUGUAGGCAGUGCUUUUGUUUAACUCUGCAGGGAUUUGAGUUGAUGUUUUCCCUGUUUCCCCUUCAGAAGAGUUUGUUUAAAAUUCCUUUGAGGUGGGGUGUGGAAGGAGACCAUAAAAUGAAAUUGUUAACGUAAAUAUCAGCGCACAAUUUUUGACUGUCCAAAGACAAUUAGGUUAAGACUAGUUGCUGUAAAGUUUGUUUGAAUUUGACAUCUAUUUCAUUUUUAAGGUACUGAAACCAUGAUCACAAAAUUUCAAUAGAUAAAGCCUCCCACCAGUGCCUGAUUCCCCCUUGGAGGAAACUGGUUCAAUUUCCUCCUACCCUUCAUCUCCAAACUAGGGGGAAGGCUUGCUUGUCACUUAUGGUAUUUUUUGCAAAUGUAAAUAUGAAUGAAACUAAGUUUUCUGCCAGUAUAGAGAAAUGAGUAUAAUUUUGUGCUACUAUUUCACUAAUUAAAGUAACAUAAAACGAGACUGUUACCAGCAUCCUCAGUGCCAAAAAUUGAACUUACGAAUUUAAGUUUCAGAAAGUGCUGUUUUUUCUUACACUUUGCAAUGGAAAGCAUAAAGCUAAAUGGUUUGACAUAUCAGUCCAGAAGCAAUUAUGGAGUCGCUAAAUUGUUAAAUGUCUGUGUUUGAAUUGUGUAUACACUGAUACUGUACAUGUAUGCAAGUUUAAGACACUUUAUAUAAUGAUAUGUAAUUCAGUCACCGUGCCUUCAAAACUUAAAACCUCUUGUUAAGUAAGGUACAAGGCAGAUUUAGUUAAAAGUUAUUAAAGUUAUAAAAAUUAUAUUAUUAGAUGUUAAAAUAAUUGUUAUUGAUUUUCAAAAGAAAUUAAUAUUAUGUGAUUUAUAUUUAGGGAAGAUUUGCAGUAUAUUAUUCAAAAGAUUUAAAUGAUUUAACCAAAUUAUACUGUAUUUCCACAAAUAAGCAUAAGCAGCCCUUUUUCAAGUUGGGGGGACUUGUACAUGUAUUUCAUAAUAGAAGAACACAGGUAUAAAAUGGGGCCUCCGUUGUUCAGUGGUUAAUAUCUUAAUAUUACUGACAUUGAAUUAUUUUUCACUUGCCACUGUGGGAUUUAAACCCUGCAAGGUAUGCUGAAUUCUCUCUUAAGAAAGCCAUUUAUUAAGCUAGGAUGUGGAAGGUCAGUUGGUACAUGCUGGUACCUGAAAUAAUGAUCAGAGGAGCACCUUUGGUCUUCCUUUUAUCAUUAACCCUUACCCUGCUAAAUUUCUAAAAUGAACUUGUCCAUCUUCCAAUUUGGACAAUACCAUUAGCUGUUAAAAGAGGUGCCUACCAAAAAGAUACUGACUGAAUGGCGAACAGUGCAGAUCAUCUGUGCAGGCUGACCAUGAUCUACACAGGUCACAAAGGCAAAUCCAAUCGUGUCCAGCAUGAUAACUGUUAAAAGCUGGAAAAUACCAGUAUAACCCUAAUUAUGUUUAUUAAACUUUAAACCCAAGAAAACAAUACAAGAAAGUAUAUAUCUGGUUAUACAUAGCAAAGAUUUCAAUAAAAAACAGGACCAUGUCAGUUAACAUUAAUAUUUGGGGUAAAAUUCAGUUUUGUCUUGCCUGCUGAAACAGUUUUGUAGUGAAGAUUUCUUUUAGAAAUGAUGUCAUGCCAGAUAAAAGUUGCAUGUUUGGGAUAAAAAUCUUAAUUUGUCAUGUCUUGAAAAACAGUGGAUUAGGCAUUUAUUUGGGGGAAUUUCUUAUUUGUGGGUGUAUGGUAUAUGCAUUUUCUAAAAAUUUGGCUUGCAAAAUUUGCUGAAAAGCCCACCAACAUGUUGCCUUGGUUUUGAUUGCAAUAACAAAAUGUACUAUUAAAUGUAUCAUAUUUUUGAAUAAUUUUAUAUUCAAUUUUCAAUCAGCAUAAAUAGUUCAAAUUACAUUCCUGUACAUUGUUUAUAAAGUACUUGUUGUUUUAAACACUUCAUUGUUUAUCCAAAUUUAGCAAUAAGAUAUUAAUAUAUAUAUAUAUAUAUACAUUAUUAUUAUGUUAAGCUAGUGUGUUUUUGUUUGUUAUAUAAUAAUCUGUGUUAAUGUAAUAUUUAUAUAUAUAUACAUAUAUGCAUUAAAAUAUGCAUUUUUCAGUAUUUUUUGAGUUUAUUGUGUGUAAGCAAUAACAGUUGAAGAUUGAGGGGAUUUUUACGAAACUGAAGUAGAAAAAAGAAGCAACUUUUAAUCUUAAACAGUCAUGUUUUACAAUUGUAUUUGAUCGCUGAACCUUAUAUUGGGUUGGUACACCUUUUAUCAGUUCCAGAACAGUAGAAAUGAAGAUAUUUUUAGUUGAAUUUUUCACUUGAAUAGUGAGAAAGGGAAUGUUCUAUUGGAUAAGCAUUUGAUUUUCGAAGAAAACAUUUCUCUGAUUUACAACACUGUAUUAUGAAUGCAUGAAUAUAUCUAUAUUUCUACAGUAUAUCUAUUUUUAGAAUGAUAAUAACUAUUGUGUUUAUGUAUAGUUCUGUUUUUAGUUGUACAUGUUUUGUAAUCUCGGAUUUUAUGCGUGUUUUAAGAUAUGACUGUGGGUUAGUUCUUGUCUCACUGAAUUGAAAAAGCAUUUAGUUUUGGCCAAGGCUUGCCGCAGAACAGCUACCAACUUACACUUUGUAAUGGCACACAAGUAAAGUACCAUAUUUAUCUUAAUAAGGUUGCAUCUCAAGAGUACCAUAUAGUCAAGCUUGUGCUGAAGGCCACCAAUGAUUCCUGAUUUGUAUAGACUGUCUGUAAACAAGGGCAACUUUCUGGCACUCCUGAGAGGGAUGUUUACAUACAGGUUUCACUGUAGUUUUUGUGUAGUCUCAUCAUAUUCAUCUGGGUCUUUUAUAGUUGAUAGCAUUAGGGUGUUUUUAUUUGGUUUGAAUAAAAUUAUAAUUACCAUCUUAGGUGUUGAUGAUCAUUGUGCUUAUGCAAUGGUUUAACUAGUAUAUAAUGAGUUAUGCAAGUCAGAAAUAUUUUUGGAAGAUUUUUCUUGUGUAAAUAUGCAUGGAAUAUUUGGAAAGUUGUUAUGGGUAUGAUUAGGUAUACUUUGGCAUUGUCUGCACAUUAACAAUACAUUGAUCUUUGUGGGUUUUAUAUUAGCUUUUUGAAAUGCAUGCUUGUUGAUAUAAAUAUGGUAUUUUUGUGCGUGCUAACAUUUAUUUUUAUACCCCCAGAUACAAAAUAUCAUGGGCUAUAUUAGAGUCACAGUUGUCUAUUUACGCAUUAUUCCUAUCUAGAACCUUUUGAUAACUUUUCAGAUAACUGCACAAUUUCAGCAUCGUACUAGACAAGAUUACAUGCAUGAACUUAGUUCAAGGUCAAGGGUACGCUUAAAGGUCAAAGGUCAAAUAGAUUUUCUUUUUUGACUGCUCCAUAUCUUCCAAACAGCUUGAAGGAUUUUCAUAAAAGUACCGGUAGUGUCAGUUGUUUACCUCAUUAAUAUGUAGAGUAUUUACCUUCCUAUUACCAGAGCAGCAUCUGGGGGUGUUAAUCACAUUUAGUGAUUGCUCUAGUGGAAAUUCCCUUAACAUACAUUUAAGAAUUUUCUAGACAAUAUAAUAGGAGAGAUCGCCGUGACGUCACGCGUUAACAUCUGUUUAUCUGGUGGUUGGCAAAACAAAUGAUUUUAACACCGUUUGCGUAUUGAAUCAGAAUUUUUAAUUCUUAAUAACUUUUUUGCUCAUUUAUGGACUUUUAAAAUUCAAAAAGAUUUGAAAUACUAACAAUCUUCAUAUUUUUGUAUCCAAAUAUCUUUUUCAAUGAAUAACCGUUUUAAAUGACAUAUAAUUUUAAAAGCGGCGUAGUGAUUUUCACAACCUUUAGAAAAACAGUGUAAGUUAAGCGUUCAUAAUUAAUCCAUUUUAUUUCGAAAUAACAAUUAAAAGUAAUCAAUAAAUUGCUUGUUUUAUAACCUUUCCAUUGAUCAAAAAAUUAUUUAUGUAAUUUGUGUUUUAAGAAAGUUUAGACCGUUAGAAAAACAUCACUGUUUCCAAAAAACAUGGAUGGUCGGCUUCUGCCCACCCGAUCACUGUCUUAUCAGUUCUAAAAAUAGAAUUUGUAUACAAACACGAUCUCUCCUAUAGUGAUGCUAUAUUUUUGACAUGUCAGAUGUGUUAAAACCCUCUAACAGUAAAUAAAAUUGUUAACGCCCUAAAAAAGGAGCAAAAAAUUCUGGCUCAGAUAUUGUGUACAAACCUGUCAGUCUUGGAACAAACUGAAACAAAAUGUUAUGUGUGUUACCUGUGAGUUUAAAAUCAGCUCCAGUUAUUUAUACUUAUUACAUGUAAUUUCUUAAUAAAGGUUGUAUUUUCAUCCCACAUUCAACUUCAUUUAAUUAAAAUUCUUGUUUGUUUUAUGUUAUUACAAAUUAUGGAAAGAAGCAUACAUUAUCAAGCUCCAUGCUAGUCACUGUUAUAAUUACACUUCUGAUUGUAUUUUGUCGGACUAUUUAUUAUUGAUACUAGUUGAACAUUGUUGAACAUUGUUACCUCUGAAUAGAAAAUUCUAGGAUUUUUAUAUUGUGAAGUAUUAUGCAAGUUCAAAAUGAAAUGUUCUUUAGCAGAGCUGUAAGUUCAGUAUACUUCUGUUGUAGUUCAUUCAAUAUUUUUUGUUCAAAAUCUUGCAAAGUUUGUUAUGAUUGCAAAAAAGCAGUUUUUGACAUCUUACUCAGAAUGUAAAUUUGUCUUGAUUUUUGGUAGGUAUAUUUGACAUGCCAUUCACUCUUUGUGAAUUGUAGCUUUUCUGCCCUUUAUCAGGAAUAAAAUUGCUUUGGAGAUUCACUUUUAUGUUAUUUGUUUUGCUAUGUUUCAGAAGUUGUUAGUCUAUGAAGAACUUACUAGCCCAGAAAUUAUGUUUUACUAUUUUAUCUGUUUGACAUAACUGCAUAGUAAAAAUGUUUCUAUACAAGUUUUCAAACUCGCACAUUCGCACUAAGCACACGUCUAAGUGUCUAAGUGAUAGUGUACAAGUUCCUUACAGUCUUUUCCAUGCUUACAAGAACAGUUUUCCAGUUGUACAUUAUGCAACUGAAGUAAAAAAAUGUCGCUUGAAUUGUUUUGCUUAAAGGCCUAGAUUCACUACUAUAUAAGUGUACCCCCCCCCCCCCCCCAAAUCCAAUAUACAACUCCCAUCUUAUCUGCUGCUUAUCAGCGAUUAUGUAAUAGCAACUGAUUAGAGGGCAAUUAGCACAGCAGGGACCCCAACUAGACCAUGAAGAUGUGUGCAGUGGGGUUGAAAGAAAUUAUUUUUUCUUCAGUAAAUAUGGAAUGAUAAUAAUAAUAAUUAUUAUUUUGAUAUUAUGUAGAUGAUAAUAACUAUUACUUUAAUGUUAUAAUAAUGAUAAUAAUAAUAAUAAUAGAAUAAUCAUAAUUAUUAUUAUUAUUAACAUUAUUAUUAUUAUUAUAUUAUCAUUAGGAUAUUGUUAUCAUUAUUAUUAUAUUACAUAUAGGAUGAUAAAAGAUAACAGUAAUAAUAUUGAAAAUAAUAAUGAUAAUAAAACACAAGUAUAGUGAAAAGUUUCUGAGUUCUUGGUGCUGACAAACAAUAUAUUUCGAUUUGGAAAUUGAUUUUCACGUAUUCAUGUUAUCAACAUUAUUUGAAUAUAAAGUUAUUGUGUUCCAUCUAUAUUCAAUUUUCAUUUUCAGUAUGGUUGCAAAAAGGGACCUUUUUCAUGCUUUGCUCUGUAACUUUGAAAUUCACAUUCUGUUUUCAAUUUAGACAAAUGUUAUUUACAGUAUUCUGCAAGCUUUAGAUGAGUGAAAGUCAAACUUUUCAGAAAUAUCACAAUUCUCCAGACAGAAUUUGAAAAAAUAAAAACUUGCUUGUUUCUUUAAGUUUCUGAUUAUCUCAUUAUUGUGAAAAUAAGUUUCUGAUUAUUUUAUUAUUCUGUUUGAUCAACAAAUAUUUUUCUUUACAUAGAAAUGUCAAAAUUUUUUUUAUUAACUUUAAAAGUUAUCAAUUAUUAUAGAAUUACUUUGUUUCCCCUUCUCACUAAUAGAUACACUUGUCAGGUAGACUGACUCUCCAAUAAACAAUGACCCUUGUUUAUUGGAGCCAUACUGUGAUGGUCAUUAGCCCCCAACUGUGCCGGUGAAGACAAAAAUCCCUUGGCCAACUGCCAAAAUCUAGGCCUUUAAACAUAUGCAUACCGAGUUUCAUUUUGUAACACAUCAAUAAAAGGGAUUUAGUGCUUAUUUGCAAAAUUUAAUGAGACCGACCCAGUCUGCAUUUGUAUGACUCACUUGUUUACAUUGAUGGCAAUUUUUUGUACCUACCAAAAACCUAGACAAAAUUGUGUAGGGUAUUUUAUGUAGAAUGUAUUUGAUACACUUGUAAUCUCUGGUAAAUUUACAUUUAGUUCUGCAGCAUUUCUUGAUCAUUAUUGUAAAGACAGAUAUGUAACAUUUGUGCUGAAGAUAUUGCCAUGAAUCAGCAAAAAAAAUAAAGUCUGCAAAUAUUGUC